AGAGGAGGAGAGUGCGGGGCGGGAUCCCUCUCACCGCGGUUGCUUGGUGGUGGUGAUGGUUUCCCGCUCGAUGCUGGAACGGGUUGGAAACUUGGCCCCUGGGUCUUACCCACCGCCUCCCGCCCGCUUCUUUGCCGUCUCGGCGGAGCGGGUCAUGGCGGGCGGGAGAGCCCUGGCAGCUGCAGUCGGGGCUUGAGGGGAUGAGCAGCCUCGGGGUUUGGGAAGCAGCUGCGGUCGAGUGAAGGAAGGAAGGAAGGAAGGAAUGAAAUGGCUGUUCCGAGAGCACCAGGAAGAUGCGAACGGUGUCAAUUAACGCACUUCAGUUUUUCACGAAGUAACUUGACCUUUCAAGGUUUUAUGGGUUCGCGUAAUUGCUUAAAGAGCAUCGCUGCGCUCUGUUUGGCAUAUGAAAAGCUUUUCUUUCAUUAGAAGGUUGAAGACUUUGGGCGACAAAUCAAGAGAAGCAAAAAAAAGCAAGCAGAGAACUGUUCAGUCUUUGCCAGAGUUUUCUGCUGGACUGGAAUUACUUAGCAGAUAUGAAGAUGCUUGGGCUGCCCUUCACAAAGGAGCCAAAGAUUGUGCAAAAGCUGGAGAGCUGGUGGAUAGUGAAGUGGUGAUGCUUUCUGCACACUGGGAGAAGAAAAGGAACACCCUGGUGGAACUACAGGAUCAGCUCCAACAAAUACCUGGGUUUUUAGCAGAUCUGGAAUGCCUCACCGCAAGUCUAGCCCAGCUGGAGGCAAACUUUGAAGAAAUGGAGAAUCAUCUAUUGUGUCUUGAGGACUUAUGUGAACAGUGUGAGUUGGAAAGAUACAAAUGUAUGCAGACUUUACAGCUGGAAAACUACAAGAAGACAAAAAGGAAGGAACUUGAGACCUUCAAAGCCGAGCUAGAUGCUGAACAUGCACAGAAGGUUUUGGAUAUGGAGCACACCCAGCAGAUGAAGCUAAAGGAACGUCAGAAGUUCUUUGAAGAAGCCUUCCAGCAGGACAUGGAGCAAUACCUUUCUACAGGAUACUUGCAGAUAGCAGAGAGGCGAGAACCGAUUGGAAGCAUGUCUUCCAUGGAGGUGAAUGUGGACAUGCUGGAGCAGAUGGACCUAAUGGACAUGUCUGACCAAGAAGCACUUGAUGUCUUUUUGAACUCGGGAGGCGAAGACAAUAAUAUGCUUUCUCCUAUGCUGGGGCCGGACUCCAGCACCUACGUGAAUGAGAUAAGCCUCCAGGUCCCGAGCCAGUCCGAAUUACGACAGAAACUGUCUUCUCUGUCAUCAACCUGUACCGACUCUGCCAGCCAAGACGCAAGUGAAGGAGAGUCUCCGGUUGUUCAGUCCGAUGAAGAGGAAGUUCAAGUGGACACUGCCCUUGCUGCUGUAGCUGAAAGGAAGGCUGCUUCAGAUGUUAGUGAUGAAAGUGACUCUCAAACUAUUUGAAUCUUAAAAACCAUAUCCUUUAAGAAUGACGCCGGAAUGAAUGAACACGUGAAUGAAGAGCUUGCCUGUGUAACAAUUCGCUAACCAAGCGUAACAGCCAGACCUUUUUACUUAGUAAUACAGCCUUUUUACAAAAUUGCCAGUCAUGUGGAGGUUGUUUUUUUUAAAAAAAAAAAGCCUAAAGCACACACACUUUAAACAGUAAUCUUGGCGCUCAGGGGAGCAGUAAAACUGUUGUAUAUACUAUGUAUAAGAGAAUUCAAGGGCAAAGAUAGAAGUUACUUUGACCACUAACCUUUAAAUGGCUGAUUGGAAAUCUUGGUGUGUAAUACUGAACCCAAAUUGUUCCUUGCAUGUUUUGGGCCGCUGCAACUGGAGAUUUAGGAUCCAAACCAAAAUGAAAACUUAUUUUCUACUUCUUUACUACCUACUGUCUGCCUACGGCCUUUGUCUGCUCAUGCAGCAGUGUCUACUCUCUCACACCUCUUAUUCAGGGCCAACUUAGUUAUCAUAGGUAUUAAGAAAAACAAAUGAAAAGGAGGAGAGAUGCAUAUUGAAAUGUUACACUCCACAUGGAGUAGAUAUCUUAGCAUUGUAUAAACUUACUCCUCUUUUGAGAUAAAAUAAAGUGUUUCUAUCCCAA